AUGGAUCCGAAUGACAUCUCAUCUUGGCAAGAAACCUCUCCUGGAAUCUUCUGUAGACCACUCGAUGAACCAGACUUAUACUAUCUGACAAAUGUGAAAAUCUGGGAAAGCACUGCAUCAACUAUUGAGUACGAGCCUCAAGACGAAACCGAAGUUGAAAAAUGGAUGAAUGCGACUUUGACAAUUGACAAAUCCGGACAGACCUCAGCCGAGUUCUUGUCCUUAGAUGCACCAGUACCUCAUUCAGCCAUCUUCAUCUUCCCAAAGAAUACAGAACAAGACAAGCUCGAACAUGAUAUUAUUUUCCGCAGUGGACACGAUGUCAUCGACGGAAUGGCAACUUACGCAUUGCUCAAUAACCUCAUCAAGUACGCAGCACAAGCAUUUUCAUCCCCAGACAUCAACUUGGCCGUCUCAUUCGGAGACGAGUACAAAAACCUCACGCCACCAUUCCGAAAUGCUCUUGGUUUACCCUCACCAGAUGCCCUCAAAUUCACACAGACAGAACUCGACGCAAUCAGAGCCCAACGAAUCAAAAACCGCUCUGGAUCCCUCGGCAUCCCUCUCAGACAACAAUCCUCUAUCCCAAGCAAAAGUGGUCGGGCUGCUCUCUCUUUCACGGUCGAGGAAACGAAAGCAAUCAUCACAGCCUGCAAAUCUCGGAAUACAACCAUCACCCCCGCCAUCCACAGUCCGGGAUCUACAACCAAGAGAAAAAUUGCCGAGACAAGGAAAUACUGCAGACCACCCUACAACGGUCCCGAGUACAACAUGAUGAUAUGCCACACAAACUCCACCUCCGUCCUUGUCGUGCACCUCACCAUCCCCUCCGAUUCCGCUCCCCACACCGCACAAUCUCCACACGAAUUCCAAGACGUGCUCGAGCAAGUACAACACUUCUACCAUAAAAACGCAAAAGAAGUCAACCUCCUCGACGGCGCCCGCUGUUUCGCUGCACGCACACUAGAAUGGCCGACUUCAGCGCAGCUUCCGGAGCUGGGAAUUCCCAGUGUUUCGCUCUCGCGGAGGGGAGUCACGGAUCAGUAUAUACAAGCCCGACACGGGCGGUUGGAGGUCGUGGAUCCGUGGGCGGUGGGGACGGAAUUAUCGGCUGGGUUGGGGGUCUCGGUUGCUACGUGCCAAGGGGCUAUGUGUUUGCGUGCUGCGUAUAAUGAGGCUUAUCAUGAGGAGGUGGGAGUGCUGGGAUUCUUGGAGAUUGUGAAGAGGGUUGUGUUGGAGGGACUGGGGGUUGUUUGA